AUGACGUUGGACAGUAAUUUCACCUUUGCCAACUCAGAUGAGUACACGCAGUUAUUGACUGAGCUACAUGCCGACUAUUGUCGGGAUGAGCCAAAAGAUGUGCUGCAGUACUGUGCCAACUUUUUCAACCGUAAACUUCAGGAACAGCGGGUUUUAUUCCGAGAACAGCAAGGUCAUGUGCAAGCUGGCGUGGAUGAAUGUCAUCCUUUGUUUGCAGCAGACGACAGCGUUGGUGAUGAGAAGCUAGAAGUUACUAGGACACAAGAUCAUUUGAUGGAUAGUGAUCAAGACGAUGAAGAGGAUUAUGACGAGGAAUUGCAUGAUGAUUUUGCCCCCGAACCACUUGCCGGAAUACCCCCAGCUGCAGGCAACAAUUACAGCCGUGAUCGACGUACCUCUGUCAGUGCAGAAUCAAUGGCACCAACUCAAGGCAAUGAUUAUGUUAAGCAAGUUAUUCCAAAGUCAGAUAGCCAACGUGAACGCAUUCGUUCGAGUGUGGGCAACAACUUUUUAUUCCGCAACUUGGACGAGGAGCAGUAUGAGGACGUGGUGGAUGCUAUGGCUGAAAAACAUGUGGCAAACGGUGAUGUAGUCAUUGAACAAGGUGCUGUAGGCGACUACUUUUAUGUGGUGGAGCAAGGCACGUUGGAUUGUCUUAUAAGCAAAGGAGGUGCACCACCAGCAAAGGUGACAAGUUAUGAAGCAGGUGGCAGCUUUGGCGAGUUGGCUCUAAUGUACAAUGCUCCACGUGCAGCCACCAUUAUUGCAACAUCGGAUGCUAUUCUAUGGGCUUUGGACCGUGUCACCUUUCGUACUAUUUUAAUGGAAAACACGUCUCGCAAACGCCGCAUGUACGAGUCAUUCCUAGAAGAAGUACCUCUGCUAAAAUCGCUCGAGGAAUACGAACGACACAAAAUUGCCGAUGCUCUUGAUACAGUUUACUUUGAGCCUGGUCAUCAAGUUGUUUGUGAAGGUGAUGUAGGCGAUCGUUUUUACAUUAUUGAAUCUGGUGAUGCCGCUGUCUAUCGCCGUGGGUCAGAUAAUGACCAGCAACAAGUCAAUACAUUGUCCCGGGGCAACUAUUUUGGAGAACUUGCACUGCUUAAUGAUGCUCCACGUGUCGCUACAGUGGUUGCACAGAACCGUCUCAAAUGUGCCAGCCUUGGCAAAAAAGCAUUUACACGAUUGCUGGGACCUGUGCUCGAGAUUCUCAAACGCAAUUCAGAAAAUUAUCACUCAAUCAUCAGCCAACAGGAAUCACGAUAG